ACGAUCAGCUGCUUUAUUGGGUCCUCCUCAACAAUCCGCAGCACAGUCCCUCUGAUCAGGACAUGCAGAUCGCCUUCAAGCUGGGAAACUACGACCUGGCCCGGCAGCACAUUCUGGAUCCGGCCUAUCCGAUGGUGGGAAUCGCGCCGAGCCCAGCCACUCCGCAGCGGCCCAACAUGUCCGUCAGCAGUGUGCUGACGAGCAGCCUCCUCAACGCUUCCUCCCAGUCGCAGCAGCAGCAAAAUUACCAACGAACGCAGCAGCAUCCGCCAAAAAAUCUUAGCAAUAAUAGUAGUAGUAGUAACAAUAGCAGCAAUAGCCUCAUCAGCAACCACACCAAUAACAGUAGCAGCAGCAACAGUUCUGGGGGCAGUGCCGGAUCCGGAAACUUUGCCAAGCCCAUCUAUAACGGCCGGUCCGGAAGCGGCCGAAGCUACGGGUUGCCACCGCCAGCUUUGGCCGGAACCGGAUCCGGACCGUUCUCCAAGCAUGAGGGCCAUUCGAAGGUGCCGCCCCCGCCGCUGAUGAAUGGCCGCACGUCCGGUUCCGGAGCUGCUAUCGGUGAUAAGUUACCUCCCUCGCAAAUGCCAAACGGCCGGCUGCCGCCAGCUCAGGUGUCGAACGCAAAAAUGCCUCCUAGAGUAAAUCUUAGCGAACCGACGACGCCACUGAAGACGCCGGACAUUAUGGUGCAGAGUCUGCUGAGUGAGAUUAAGACGUUCAACCAGCUGACGCCGCUGACGGAAAUCGGCGCCACCCCACGGAAGGAUUGGAGCAAUCCGGCCGAGAGCGGUUCCUUUAGCUUUAACAAACCGAACAAGUUCAAGUACGCGCCGUUGGUGAAACCGACGACAUUCAAGGCGCCACAAAUGCUGAAACCAAUAAGUUCCCCGAACGGUUCGGAUAGUGAAGAUGGUGCCUACAAGAAGCGCAACUCAAGUGAUACCUCAUCGAAUGAUAGUGCGGAUGAAUCGUCCAGUGAAGAUUCCUCCAACGUUGGCCAGAAGCCGGUGGGAAGCAGCAGCGGUGCUGGAGAAGUAAGCGGCGGUCUGACCACGAGUUUAGCCACCGAUACGAUCGGUGGAACUGGCGCAGGAGUAAAUGCGAAUGUCGCCGGAAGCAAUAGUCCGCCUAGACCAACCAAGGAUUGGUCGUUAGAGAAUUUUCUCACCCUACAACCAUUACCAAACGAAAGCAGUAACAAUACUCAGAUGGUAGCGGGAGGUCUCGGUAAUCCGAGUUCAGUUGGUUCCAGUCACAAUUUGAACAUGAAUGAAAAUUCGAACUCGCCGCUGAUGCCUGGUUCGCCUCCGACGACGACAAUCAAAAAUGAACCACCCACGCUGGAGGACGACCACAGUAGUAGCAAUCCGGAAGGGGUUUUUGUCAAACAGGAACCCUAUCCAAGUGAAAAUAGUAACAGCAGUGCAGCCGGGAUCCCCUCAGGGACGAACAGUUCGACCUUGCCCGGACUGAACGGAACAGCAAUACUACAAGAUUUCAACAAACAUGAAAAAGACGAUUUGGAACUGAGCAGUCCGGCUAAAAGCCCUGAGAAAAGUUCCGAAAAAGACUCAAACGAUCCAGUAGACAGUAUAGAAUCUGACGAAGUUAGCAAGGCGCUAUUAAAAGUCAAAGAACUGAAAAAUAUUUUACCUUUAUCGGGGAUAUCCGAUAUCGAUGACAAUAACCUUGAACCAAGUGGAAAUACCAGUAACACUGGCACAAACGUUCAGCAACGAGUGGUCCAAAGAGUGAAACGAAAAUGGAAAGGUUACAAACCUGCCCAGGAACGGGGACGAGAUACUUCCAGUAGUAGCGAUGAUGAUGGAUUUUCCAGUGCACGUCGUAGUCGGUCCCAAUCCUUCGAAAAAGAUAAAGUGAGCAAAAGCCGGGGGCGACCGAGGAAAAAUCCUUCAACCAUUGUAGGAACAGGUGGAGGGGGUUCAUCGAUUGUUGGCUCCUCGAGUGCCCGACAAUCGGACGCCGAUUCAGUCACCAGUAACAACAGCAAACGGAGGCUUUCCAUUUCUUCAACCAAGACGGUUUCUUCAACGCCGAGCAAAAAGGACGCUCCGACGACGCCGGCCAAAAAGGCUGCCGUUCGAAGGCGACCUUCUAGAGCUAAUCCAAAGUUCCCGAGCAAAGAGGUGAUAUCGACGACGGAGGAUUCCGAUUCAGAACCUUCCUCGGCCCGGCCCUUCCGGGACAACGUGGCGACGACUGGCGGCAACAGCGAAAGCGACAGCAAAAAGAAAAGCCCCGAGAAGACCAAAAGUGCCAAUUCCAGCUCUGCCGUUAAGAGCAGCUUCAGUUCCUUACUGCCACCGAAACCGGAUGGGGUGGACAAUCUGUCCUCCGACAGCAACGAUGAUCUUUUGAUAUCGCCGCGGAGGACUCCGCUGAUAUCGCCUCCAUUUCCAUCGAUCGGGUCCGGCGGGGGAAGCAGUCAACCGUCGUCGGUUACCAAAGUGCCCCGGAAGUCGUCGACGUCGACUUCCGCAUCGAUUGAUGAUGAUGAUGACGACGAUGACGAUGAUGACGACGAUGGUAGCGAUUCCGGAAGUGCCAGCGAUGGUGGCUUGAAGAAGGAGAAGAAAAUCAACAAAAUCAAAAGCGACAAAAACAAGCAGGAAACGCUGCUGAAGCUUUUUUCCAAAGACUGUGGUGCUAAGGCUGGUGCCAAGGGCGGCAAGGGUGGCGGCAAAGGCAAGGGUCAGGUUGGCAUAGAAGAAGUACAUCACUCCAAAGCUUCCUCGGUGCAGACCACCGUCAAUACCACUCCCAAUUCCAAAUAUUCUCAUCACCUCCAAGUGCCUCCAGCGGUGGUUCAUCCCCGUACGGUAACUCCCACUCCACCGCAUCAAACUUCCACAGCACCACCAACAACCACCGGCCAUCCUGCCAUGCCAUCGAUCGUCGAAAAAGUGCUUUUAUCUCCCGCCAGAACUGCCUUAAACAAUAUCUCCCUGAUGUGCCGGAUCGAUUUAGGCCGAUUACUGAAAAUCCCGCCCCUUUCGAAACAACAACUGGCCAAGACGAACGAAAGUUAUCGAACCCAGCGCAGUGCCUCUGCUCGACACAAGAGCAAAAGUCCUUACGAACUGAAGGAAAGACCCAACUCGAUUGCUGGCCACUACUUUGAUUCACCUCCGGCUCAAAGGCGCAGCACACUGGAGGAGAAAUCGAACAGCUAUAACAGACUGACUGAUGGGCUGGACCCAAAACUAACCGGAAGUGAUCCAUUGCUGGCUGGUGGGUUGGAAAACGGCCGGCAUCGUAGCAAUUCCAUCACCAGCAACGCCAGCAGCGAUCAUCGUGACCGAUCACGGGAUCGAUCUCGAGACUACCGUGAUCGGGAUCGCGAUUGUACCUCUUCGCCAUCUUUACCUCUCCAUCACCACCACCAUCACACGAACAACAAUCACAAUACUUCCGCGACAGGAUCCGGCUCAAGCCAGAAACAAUCCUCCGCUAAACAACAGUUAACGUACGACGAAAAACCACUACCAGCCACCACCAAAAGCGAAAACAAACUACAGUUCUCUUCACCAAGUCGAACGGCCAACUACCCCCUCAAAGAGGACAAAUCGUCGGUGCUGUACGGUUCAGGAACGCCCGGCAAAGUGUUCAACAUCAAGCACGAAAACAUCAUCAAACAGGAAUAUCCGGAUGCGGCCGAAGACAGCAAACAGCUACCAAAGUUGGCCGCCACUACACAACAAGAGCCCGUCUCUCAGGUGCCGACAACCAACACCAACAACUCAUCAACAACAACCGCAACCGAAAGCCAUCGGAAACGCACCACCAGUUCCAGCAGUAAUUCUUACAAGGAAAAACGCCGGAAAAAGGAUAAAUCCAGCAGCAAGGCACAGACUGAAACCCUCGAUCAAAUGCCUCCGACCAACCAUGACCGGUUAGUGCCGGUCGAACAGGAAAUCACUUCGAAAAUCACCCAACAAUCGCAACAACAACCUGCCCUUACAUCCUCCGUAGCGUCAGCUACAGCUACGACUACAGCCAAUUCCGCUAACAGUGAGCUACCGGUUGAUCCGGUAACGACGGCAACGGCUGUCGUCCCAAUGAACAUGGCCGUCGAACCGACCACCGUGAUCAAGAAGAUCUACGUGUCCUACUUCGAGCGUUCGAACGAGGACGAGUUGGAAGUGAGGGACCAGAAUCGGUACCUUUCGGAGGCCAAACGACUGAAACACGCGGCCGAUCGGGAAGGGGACCAUCUGGCCCAGGCAAUGCUCUACCUGGAGGCGGUGUUAUUCUUCCUGCUCACCGGGGACACCAUGGAGCGGGAUCCGAUUACCGAGAAGGCGGCCUUCACCAUGUACAAGGAUACGCUCAGUUUGAUCAAGUACAUCUCCUCGAAGUUUCGUAGCCAGCAGCAACAUCUCACCGUGCAGGGUAACAUCCACAGCAAGGUGGCGAUUCUAAGCUUGCGGUGUCAGUCGUUGAUCUAUCUGAAGCUGUACAAGAUGCGGCGGUACGAUAUCAAGGAGGUGCAGCGGAGUAUCGCCGAGUACAAUCAGAAGCCGAACCCGACGGUAUCGGCUGACAUAGUCAACGGGAAUACGCCGUCGCCGCUGUCACCAACCUCGGUGGGAUCUCAGAGUUCUGGUUACUGUUCGGGCCAAACUGGUCAAACCGGUCCGAUCCCGGGGGCCUCGAUAAGUUCCUCCCCGUCGCCGUGCUUGCUGAUGCCAGUUCAUGUACACAUGGCAUACCAGAAGCAGUCCACACUCUGUACCCAUCUGAUCAACUGUCAUGAUCUGUGGGAACAAGCGGACAAUCUUGUGAUACGGGGGAACCAUACAGAUUUCUUUAUUGAUCUAGACCACGAAAACGGUCCGAUGACGCUGCACAGUUCCUUGUACAACGUGGUCAAAUACGUUCAAGCGGGCAUCCAGAAGCUGAGGCGAAUGUGAGGGUAUCGAUCGGAGCGGAGUCCAUCGACGUCGCCGUCAUUGUCGUCGUCGUCGUCGUCGGAUGAGGACCACUAGCACUAACUUGCAAAACGGUGAUGAUCGGGACCAAAGUGGACCACCAAAAAAACUAGAAACAAAAGCAACUACUCAACAAACCAACUAACGGAAGUACCGGUGAGACUGAAACGUUUUUAAAAUGAGAAUUAGCCGACUGGAGGGAGGGAUGGAUGGGACGGGGAAAGGACAAGUUCCUACUGUGUUCGGUGCUGAUUUCAUAUCCCAAAAAAAAAAUGGAUUGCCCUGGUCUAUUGAGACGACACAGUAUCGGGUGCGGACAAUAAUCUUGGCUUCGCUGAAUGCUUGGACGAAACGAACGGAGAUCGAUCGUCAAUCGGUGGAUUUGAGCAGCUGCGCUACUCUACACCAACAACAACACCAAACUGUGAUUUGUACUAAAACAAAAACAAAGGAUCCACAAUGCUCGCGUGGUGCAACAACAGAAUUACGCAAUUGGGCGCGCAAUUUGCCCACCCAAAAAGUAUAUGGAAAGUUCCAGUUGUGGAAUUGCGUUUGAAAGUUUUCCAUUUUUUUAUCGUUUGCUUUUACCUUUCACAGCAGCUCAUUUGUACAUUUAUCUCGGUUUUUCUUUUUGUUUUGUUUUCGGUACUCGGACCGUUUAUUAAUAUUAUGCUCCACUAUUUGCGGGCAGGAAAACUCCCGUUUUAGUAUGACUAUUGUUUAAUUAUUUUUUUCUGUAUCUACACCUGGCUGGAUUAGGGAAGACGAGAUAAGCCUCAAUCUUGUGUAAGCAAUUAAUUUGUUGAUUCUUUCUAACUUUUUUUUAUUUUACUUCAAAACACGUUUGCAACAUCAAUAAACGAACCAUUUCGUUGUUUUAUUGGAUAAAAUUCGAUGUUAUUGUGAUUAUUUGCUGAAAAAUUAUGACUAAAAGAAGCUCAUUGCCGAACUCAAAUUUAUGAUGUGAAAUGGCUAUGUUUUUAUUAACUGAUAGGUAUCAAAGAUAUUAUACAAUACAAAUUUGAUUUGCUUCAAGAUUGGAAAUAAGUCUCAUUUGGCAAUUUUAUUUGAGUGGACUGGUAAGCGGUUUUCAAAAAGUCGUGGAAACUAAUCCAAAGCAUUUUUUUUUUAAUUUUAACCAUACCUAAUUGACAUCUUGUUCCAAACGCUAUAAAAAUCACACUGACGAUCAAAAGGUCCAAACAUCUUAUUCUAUAGUUUUUAAAAAGCCCAAUUUGGGCUUCUUUAAUAUACCCGAAUAUUAAAAAAAAUCAUAGAAUUGUUUCAAAGUUUAAUGAACAGAUACGAGUACCAAAUUUUAAUGCAAUUAUGACUAAUAUAGUUUUGAUCAUCAAGUUUCUUUUGGUGAAACUGGACCGAUAAAACAGCGACGCUAUUCCCUUCUGAAGUUCCUUUGCCUUCGAAAAGCAUCAAUUAGGUUAAUCUUCCUUAGUUAAAAUAAGAAAUUAUGUAGCUCAGUUUAGCUUACGAUUAUAGCCAAUUUUUUGUAGCGGAAAAACGAAGCCCAAACAAUAAGACUUGUUAGGACUCGUUGUAGGUGUGCUUUAGAACUGUUUAGUUAAAUGACAUUCGAGUUUGAGUUAACCAUCAAUUUAUUGAUCUUUUUUAAACAAAAAACUGGCUUUUAGAGGUAUCGUUUUAAAUUAUUUUUUUUUUGUUUUUUUUUCUCCGUAAAUUUUUUGUCUAAGUAGCUUUAAGUGUUAAAGUUAACGUUUGCUUUUUAGUUUCUCUCAAGUUUAAAUUAUAUUUCCGCGUCGUUUUCUGUUAUAUUUUGACACGUAUUUUCCCUUAUUUCGUCCCUUGAAAGAAUAAUUCAUAAAUUUCUUAAGAAAAUCAACUAGAAAAUGCUAGGUUUUAUAUCAAGAAAUAGCCCUCUUCAUUUGCUGUACAAU